AUGAUUACCUCCAACCUCGUCGCCGCCCUAGGGGUCUUGCUAUUCUCUUGCCCUGCACUCGCACAUCCUACUACGGCCAGCCAGAUGGAAGUCCUCGUGAAUGUCACCGCCCAUGACCUUCAGCUACCUCAACACAAGCUCCAAAAGCGCGACGAGUAUUAUCAUGUGAAACCCUGGGACCCGCCAUAUAAAGGAAAACCGCCCCCGUGGCCGGAGGACGCAGCUUACCCUAUACCCCGGUACAACCGCACGUGCACCACCGACGCCCGCGUCGCUCUCUGGAAAUGGCGCUACCUCUGCGACCGGGCGAACGACGAGUGGCUCAAGUCGACCAAUCCGCGCACCCGGAUACGGUUCUGCUUCAACGAGCCUCCCUCGGAGGCGCUUUGCUGCGACGAAGACGGCAACGCCAAAAUGGGCCAGACCUGUCUGACCUCGCCGCUGUGGCCCCAGAACGACACGGAAGCGGCCUGGUGCGGCAACUGCCGUCUGUGGGAGGCGCCGUGCAUCUUCGGGAACUACCCGGAGCUCAACAAUCCGGAGAACAUCUGCAAGUGCCAGUUCAAUCAAUGCUACAUCCCCGACGACUUCAACUGGGAGAGAAUCAACCCCGAGGCGGACCGCAGUGGAUACCCAGGCUUGCAGAGGUCACCGUAUCUACGCGACGUGAAGGCCUGGUAUGGUUACUGGAGAUUACCCUACGAUGAUCUCAAGGGCAAGGCUCUGUUAGAGGUGGAUUGGUUGUGA